UUUUAACUGACGUACCACCCACACUUCCGGUCCACAUGUAAACGACAGCCAGUUACUAUCGAUUGAUAGUUUUUGUGAAGAAUUGCCAUUUAAACGUAUUUUCUUCUCUGCGACUUUUCAGCGUCUGGCGGAAAACAUGAAGCUGCUCACACACAACAUGUUGACAUCUCAUGUGAAGGGAGUCAUUAAAGGAUAUCCACUGCUUAUCAAGGCGACUGAGGUGAAGGUGAACGAGGUGGAGUUCAACCCACAGUUUGUCAGCAGGAUGAUCCCCAAACUAGAGUGGAGCGCCCUGGUCCAGGCUGCAGAAGAGUUGGGUCAGCGACAGGACCUGCCGAGCGAUUUGGUACCAGACUAUGAAACAAAUGAAGAGUUCCUGAAGAAAGUCCACAGAGUCCUGUUAGAGGUGGAGGUGGUGGAGGGCUGUCUGCAGUGUCCUGAAUCUGGACGGGAGUUCCCCAUCUCCAGAGGGAUCCCCAACAUGCUGCUGAACGAAGACGAGGUCUAGACAGCGGCUCCACGUCCUAUUUAACCUCAACAGCCCUCAUACACAGCUUCACCCCGAACUGUCACUCAGAUGGGAUUGUGGGUAGUCGGAGAGAGGAGCAGCUGGACUCUGGUUGAGUUGGUGCCAUGAGAAAACAGGCCACAGUGUUUGGUUGAUUGUAGUUAUGACAUUAAAGCGGCUGAUGCUGCCCUUCAGCCGAACAGAUUUAUCGAGUUACACAUGGAAAUGUUCCCGGGGAAUAACCCCCAGUGGUUUUAUCUGUAUUUAUUUUUGUAAAUUGUUUUGGGGUUUUUUCUUUUUCAAUAAAACUGUCCUGAUUUCCAUGA